AUGGUUGGAAACACUAGACCAAAUGGCGAUUUUAAUGUGCUACGCAUAUUAUACAACCUUCACAAACCUACGAACAAUGAUGUAGAUUACAUAGACGUACACGAGGAAAUGAAUGGUGGGGAGGUACUCGUACGCGGAUUAUUCCGCAUGCAAGCUAAUGAAGAGAUAGUUUUCAGGCAGCGCUCGAAUAAUGGAAAUAGAGUUGGAAGUCUUAAAGUAUUUGAUGAUGAUGUAAAUGCGACUAGUUAUAGAUUAGGUAACUUUAGGCAGAACGCUGUGUACAUAAUUCGCAGCGUGUAUGGAAGCUAUGAUGAGCCAAUUACUUUAUUUCUAUAUGCAAAAAGUGUCAGUGGGAUUAUUUGUAAGAUUAAUCAAAAUAGAGGCGUCUAUGAUAGAUGGAUUGGUCAUCCUUAUGAUAUCACAAUAGCAAACAUAGAGCGUAUGAUUAACGUUGACGAUGUAAGAUUGAGAGCUAGACGAAGAGGUUUAGCCCUCGGAAAUGUCGCUAGAGAUAUAAAAUGUGUUGGAGAUCGGUUCCUAGCAUGCCUGGAACAACGUUUCGCGAGAGGUUUACGGGGUUUGAACUUGAGAUUAACAUUGGAGCUAUUCGUCCAACUCACCGUUGAGGAGGAGGACGUGGCUUUCAAUGAUAUGAUAGUUGCAGCUGAGAGCUGGAUUGUUCUCGGUACAUGUGACUCCUGUUUAAGAAGACUGCUUGGGGUUAGAAACAAUGAUGGAUAUACGCGUGCGCCCUCGCCUUUCUCUUAUUGGGAAAACAGAGGAAUACGCUCUGUGAGUGUCGAAGAAAAUAGAUUCUAUUGGGUCCAUGAAAGACAUGGAAACGAUAUAACGGUUGGAGAGGAAGGAGAUGAAUUUGAUGUCUUCAUAACAGAAGAUGCUGAUGAUAUAAUGGUGAAGAUUUACGAUUUUCCACUGGAAAUGGACAACCAGACAAUCAAGGAGAAGAUGGCAAAGUAUGGAAUUGUGAAAAGUAUUCGAAAUGAAAAAUAUGUUGGUGAUGGGCUUUUCAAUGUGGAAACUGGAAUACGAUCAAUGUGGAUAGCCAUGAAAAAGCCAAUCCCGUCGUAUGUGGCGAUCGAAGGGUGUACCUCAUUGGUUACGUAUCCCAAUCAGGUUCGCACCUGUUUAGUUUGUGAAGAACCAGGGCAUGAAAAAAGAGAGUGUCCAAAAAGGCCUCUGAAUCGAAUACACGAAAUCAGAAGACCAAGUGCUCCAGUUGUUAAUGAUAAUGAAGAAAGGCAGCCGGAAAAUAUAGAGUCGCAGUUAGAAAUACCGGAAGAUCAGAUAAAUGAGUCCAAAGUAUUGAACCAAACAGAAGAAGAAGGGAAAGAUGAACGGAACGAGGGAAAGGAGUUAGAAAUGAAUACUUCUUCGGAGGAAGAAGCAGAAAGUGACUCACAUGGUGAUAUAAUUCCACCUACACCAGGGUGUUGGCAGGAAUUUAUGAAGAAAACGGCUGGGAUGAGGAAAAAGAAGCGACAAAAAAUGGGUACUAGCUCUGAAGAGGAAAGGAAAGUGCCAAAGCUAACUAUUAAACUUCCGACAAAAGCUGUAACGAUUUUGACCAACGUCAACGGGAUGAACAUGGAUACUUCUGGGAAUCACGAACGUGGUGAAGAUUCUAAGGAUAGCGAGGAUCUAGGCAGAAACGCAAACCCUGCUGUGACCGUGAUUAAUGCUGUUAAUAAUGAAAACGCCCAGGCAAAUGUAGCUGGUCCAGUGGAAAACGAUUUGAAUACUAUGGUUGGAAACACUAGGCCAAAUGGCGAUUUUAAUGUGCUACGCAUAUUAUACGAUCUCCACAAACCUACGAACAAUGAUGUAGAUUACAUAGACGUACACGAGGAAAUGAAUGGUGGGGAGGUACUCGUACGCGGAUUAUUCCGCAUGCAAGCUAAUGAAGAGAUAGUUGUCAGGCAGCGCUCGAAUAAUGGAAAUAGAGUCGGAAGUCUUAAAGUAUUUGAUGAUGAUGUGAAUGCGACUAGUUAUAGAUUAGGUAACUUUAGGCAGAACGCUGUGUACAUAAUUCGCAGCGUGUAUGGAAGCUAUGAUGAGCCAAUUACUUUAUUCCUAUAUACAAAAAGUGUCAGUGGGAUUAUUUGUAAGAUUAAUCAAAAUAGAGGCGUCUAUGAUAGAUGGAUUGGUCAUCCUUAUGAUAUCACAAUAGCAAACAUAGAGCGUAUGAUUAACGUAGACGAUGUAAGAUUGAGAGCUAGACGAAGAGGUUUAGCCCUCGGAAAUGUCGCUAGAGAUAUAAAAUGUGUUGGAGAUUGGUUCCUAGCAUGCUUGGAACAACGUUUCGCGAGAGGUUUACGGCGUUUAAACUUGAGAUUAACAUUGGAGCUAUUCGUCCAACUAACCGUUGAGGAGGAGGACGUGGCUUUCAAUGAUAUGAUAGUUGCAGCUGAGAGCUGGAUUGUUCUCGGUACAUGUGACUCCUGUUCGAGAAGACUGCUUAGGGUUAUAAACAAUGAUGGAUAUACGCGUGCGCCCUCGCCUUUCUCUUAUUGGGAAAACGGAGGAAUACGCUCUGUGAGUGUCGAAGAAAAUAGAUUCUAUCGGGUCCAUGAAAGACAUGGAAACGAUAUAACGGUUGAUCAAAUAGUAGGAAGACAAUUCGAUCAUGUUAAGCAUAAGGUGUUCCUCAAGUUGGUAUCAAACCUGAAGAUGCAGGCAAUCCUGCAGGAGUUUAGUGAUGGGAUAGUCAAAUACGUAGGAGAGGAAGGAGAUGAAUUUGAUGUCUUCAUAACAGAAGAUGCUGAUGAUAUAAUGGUGGAGAUUUACGAUUUUCCACUGGAAAUGGACAACCAGACAAUCAAGGAGAAGAUGUCAAAGUAUGGAAUUGUGGAAAGUAUUCGAAAUGAAAAAUAUGUUGGUGAUGGGCUUUUCAAUGUGGAAACUGGAAUACGAUCAAUGUGGAUAGCCAUGAAAAAACCAAUCCCGUCGUAUGUGGCGAUCGAAGGGUGUACCUCAUUGGUUACGUAUCCCAAUCAGGUUCGCACCUGUUUAGUUUGUGAAGAACCAGGGCAUGAAAAAAGGGAGUGUCCAAAAAGGCCUCUGAAUCGAAUACACGAAAUCAGAAGACCAAGUGCUCCAGUUGUUACUGAUAAUGAAGGAAGGCAGCCGGAAAAUAUAGAGUCGCAGUUAGAAAUAGUGGAAGAUUCGAUAAAUGAGUCCAAAGUAUUGAACCAAACAGAAGAAGAAGGGAAAGAUGAACGGAACGAGGAAAAGGAGAUAGAAUUGAAUACUUCUUCGAAGGAAGAAGCAGAAAGUGACUCACAUGGUGAUAUAAUUCCACCUACACCGGGGUGUUGGCAGGAAUUUAUGAAGAAAACGGCUGUGAUGAGGAAGAAGAAGCGACAAAAAAUGGGAACUAGCUCUGAAGAGGAAAGGAAAGUGCCAAAGCUAAAUAUUAAACUUCCGACAAAAGCUGUAACGAUUUUGACCAACGUCGACGGGAUGAACAUGGAUACUUCUGGGAAUCACGAACGUGGUGAAAUUCUAAGGAUAGCGAGGAUCCGUUUUUCUGAGAGUGUGAAAUGCAAAUUGAUAGGCAGAAACGCAAACCCUGCUGUGACCGUGAAUAAUGCUGUUAAUAAUGAAAACGCCCAGGCAAAUGUAGCUGGUCCAGUGGAAAACGAUUUGAAUACUAUGGUUGGAAACACUAGGCCAAAUGGCGAUUUCAAUGUGCUACGCAUAUUAUACGACCUUCACAAACCUACGAACAAUGAUGUAGAUUACAUAGACGUACACGAGGAAAUGAAUGGUGGGGAGGUACUCGUACACGGAUUAUUCCGCAUGCAAGCUAAUGAAGAGAUAGUUGUCAGUCAGCGCUCGAAUAAUGGAAAUAGAGUCGGAAGUCUUAAAGUAUUUGAUGAUGAUGUAAAUGCGACUAGUUAUAGAUUAGCAUGCCUGGAACAACGUUUCGCGAGAGGUUUACGGGGUUUAAACUUGAGAUUAACAUUGGAGCUAUUCGUCCAACUCACCAUUGAGGAGGAGGACGUGGCUUUCAAUGAUAUGAUAGUUGCAGCUGAGAGCUGGAUUGUUCUCGGUACAUGUGACUUCUGUUUAAGAAGACUGCUUAGGGUUAGAAACAAUGAUGGAUAUACGCGUGCGCCCUCGCCUUUCUCUUAUUGGGAAAACAGAGGAAUACGCUCUGUAAUCCUCAAGUUGGUAUCAAACCUGAAGAUGCAGGCAAUCCUGCAGGAGUUUAGUGAUGGGAUAGUCAAAUACGUAGGAGAGGAAGGAGAUGAAUUUGAUGUCUUCAUAACAGUAGAUGCUGAUGAUAUAAUGGUGAAGAUUUACGAUUUCCCACUGGAAAUGGACAACCAGACAAUCAAGGAGAUGAUGUCAAAGUAUGAAAUUGUGAAAAGUAUUCGAAAUGAAAAAUGUGUUGGUGAUGGGCAUUUUAAUGUGGAAACUGGAAUACGAUCAAUGUGGAUAGCCAUGAAAAAACCAAUCCCGUCGUAUGUGGCGAUCGAAGGGUGUACCUCAUUGGUUACGUAUCCCAAUCAGGUUCGCACCUGUUUAGUUUGUGAAGAACCAGGGCAUGAAAAAAGAGAGUGUCCAAAAAGGCAUCUGAAUCGAAUACACGAAAUCAGAAGACCAAGCGCUCCAGUUGUUGAUGAUAAUGAAGGAAGGCUGCCGGAAAAUAUAGAGUCGCAGUUAGAAAUACCGGAAGAUCAGAUAAAUGAGUCCAAAGUAUUGAACCAAACAGAAGAAGAAGAGAAAGAUGAACAUAACGAGGAAAAGGAGUUAGAAUUGAAUACUUCUUCGGAGGAAGAAGCAGAAAGUGACUCACAUGGUGAUAUAAUUCCACCUACACCGGGGUGUUGGCAGGAAUUUAUGAAGAAAACGGCUGGGAUGAGGAAGGAGAAGCGACAAAAAACGGGUACUAGCUCUGAAGAGGAAAGGAAAGUGCCAAAGCUAACUAUUAAACUUCCGACAAAAGCUGUAACGAUUUUGACCAACGUCAACGGGAUGAACAAGGAUACUUCUGGGAAUCACGAACGUGGUGAAGAUUCUAAGGAUAGCGAGGAUCCGUUUUUCUGA